CCACGGCCCCCAAGAUUCCGCUGGGCUAGAGGGUGGAGGCAGCCAUAUUGAGAACUUCCGGAAUCGCCAGGUCCCCGCUGAAAGAACGCCGUAACUCGAGUGCAAGCUAGCCAAAGUUCUGCCACAGACUCGCCUCCGCAAGAGCCACAGAAUGACUACGAUGAAUCCGGAAUACGACUAUUUAUUUAAGCUUCUCCUCAUUGGCGAUUCGGGAGUGGGCAAGUCCUGUCUGCUGCUCAGGUUCGCGGACGACACAUACACGGAAAGCUACAUCAGCACGAUUGGUGUCGACUUUAAAAUCAGGACGAUAGAACUAGAAGGAAAGACCAUCAAGCUGCAGAUUUGGGACACAGCAGGGCAGGAGCGGUUCCGCACAAUCACGUCCAGCUACUACCGGGGGGCACACGGCAUCAUUGUUGCCUACGACGUCACGGAUCAGGAGUCAUUCAACAAUGUCAAGCAGUGGCUUCAGGAAAUUGACCGCUAUGCCUGCGAGAAUGUCAACAAGCUCCUGGUCGGCAACAAGUGUGACCUCACGACGAAGAAGGUAGUCGACUACACAACAGCAAAGGAAUUUGCGGACCAGCUGGGAAUUCCAUUCCUAGAGACGAGCGCCAAGAAUGCCACGAAUGUCGAGCAGGCGUUCAUGACGAUGGCGGCAGAGAUCAAGAACCGCAUGGGACCCCCAACCACAGAGGCGAACCUGCGGGCCGGCGACGGCAAGAUCAACCCAGGAACGCCCGUCCAGCCUCGCAGCUCCGGAUGCUGUUAAUUCAGAGAGAGACAUAACCACCCCCUCCCCCUUCGCAAUUCCCACCCCCCAAUAUCACGACAGAGAGAGCCUCCUAGCCACCCCUUGUUUCUCUCCAUCUUGUCCUACAGCGAAGGACUACAAAGACGUACACGCGUGGUACAAAACAUGACACACGAGCGGGCAGACGCACACCUAGGCUGCCGGGAUUGGAAUGUGCCCUUCCACUGCUGCUUUCUGCAGUGCUUCAUCUGCCAUUUCUUCCCCUACCCCACUUUUUCGUUGAAGAUUGUUGGCACACGUGACCCACGUUACUCCCACAUCUUGCACGUUUUUUUUUAGGGGCCCUUCUAAGAACCUCUUUUACGACCCUGUAAUUGUGUAGCAAUGUCACUGCUGCUACUGUGGUGUAGUGUCACUGUGGUCUUCCACCAACUUUGGUUUGUCUGUGGGGCCGCAGGCCACACCGGUCACCUGCUUUCAUAUUGGCAACAAUUUUCUUUUGAAGUCUUAUAAAGAACUGUUCUUGUGUAUGUAGGUUAAUGAGCUGCUUUUUCAUUUCUUGUAUACUGCUGAGCUCCGAGCCCGUACUUUUCCUGGACUCUUGGCGGGCCCUUGUGAAGUUUUUAGCUGAAGUUUACAUUCUCUUUCUGAGACUAGAAAUGAACUUUCCUGGUCACCAGCUCGAUGUUUUGGUUAUUCCUUACAAUUUGCUGGGCCUGUACAAUGUUGUGCUGUUAGACUUGUUGCUCAAAGUAUGGCUCCUUGGGAACCUUGCCUUGAUUGCUUGUUUGUUUUUGAGCGAUUAAAGUGUUUUCUUUUCACUUGCGUGUUACACUGAAAAACUCGUGCUAUGUUGAAAAUGCUUCAACUUGCAUAUUGGCUCGCUUAAGCACAUCACCAGCUCUUGGAAAGCAGUAGAGGGACAGCAUUCAUGGAGGAGCAGCUAAAGUUGUGUAGCGUCGUUUUUGUCAAAAUUUUCGUAAUUGCAGGCGUGAAACUGAUUGGGGGCAUGAGUGAAACAGUGCCAGAUCGCAUGUUUUGUACCGAGCCUUGCUUGAGGCAGUGUGAAUGCUGGCGUGCGUCUUUGUGCGACCAAAGUUGGGAUGCAGCUUGGCUGGAAGGGAUUGCGAGGCAGGACCACCAGGGGUGAACUGAGGAUGUUUGACUAAGCGGGAGCGCAGCUCGCAAUUUUUCACGUGAGUGGCUGGGGGUGGUGUGUCGCGGCGACCCGAAGCCAGUCCGUGUCUCAUGUCUGUAAUCUAUUGAAAGGGCCAUGUCCAGAGUCUCGCUCUUUUUUUUAUCUGCCGUAGCAUUCCACACAAACACGAACCAGUCGACUUGGGAUGAAUAUGCGGGGUUGGUUAGAGGCUGGGGACUUUGCUACGACCGCGUAACGUGGCGCAAUGUUUCCGCGAAGUGUGAAUGUUAUUUCUCUUCCUUCGCCCCUGCAGCCGAAGCAGUCAAAACUGGACUAAUGGCAGGUGACAAUAACAAAACGCUCUUUCACUUUGGCUUGUGCCGAUGCCCCCGUUUUGGUGGCCGAGGCAGGUACAUUUUUCUUUCGGUGGGCAUGCGCUGGUCACGUCGGUUCGAGUCGUGAAGAGUUGAUAGCAAUUUUUUUUCUGUUGUAAUGCCUGUAUUACUGCUUCACAUUUAUAUAUAUAUAUAUAAUGCUGUAUAUGGCAAUGACCACCUCCGCAUGUACAUAAAGAAAGGCGUAGGCUGUCCGUUGUGAGCUCCGUUUUCCUCUCCCUAGAGUUUGUACUGGUUUUUAAUGAAGUUUAAUUUUAUUUGUUUCUUUUUUUCUUUGAAAGGUUGUACAGCGUCCAGCCCGUGACUGAACUCUGCUGCAACCUUUGUUCAUUCGAAAGGGGUUUAACCGUCCUGCCAAAUUCAGCAGCGGCAAGAAAGUUAGCGAUGUGCCGAGUGCGUAAGAGUGGCACUUGCGAUUUUUUUCUGGUAUGCAUGUGUUGAGUGGUGUUACCGCCUUAGCCGAAGAAAGUUUGUUUCUGCAGUUGUGGUUACAUACAACUAGUUUUUUUAUUGUCAAUGCAACUGUGAGGUUUGGUGGGGUGGGGAGAAUCGGCCUUUAAGGUUUUCUCGCCGACUCUACGAGUGAGGAUCGCAAUUUUUUUUUCUUCCUGUUUCUCCGGACGCUUUUGUGCUUGGCCAGUCGAACGUGAGAGGUGUAUGAUUUAGUGUAUAUUUGAAGCGUAUUAAAAGAAAUCUCUUUGUUGGGCG